UCAUUGUCACAAGCAUAUGUUUUUUUUUAAAUUAUCCGAAACCCAAGUUAUUAACAUAUAUAAGUUAAAAUAUGUUUUUGCAUAUCAUCGAAAAUCCCCUUUUCUUAAGAAUGAAAUAAAAGAUUAUUUUUUUGGAAUACAAAGAAUAUUUGAUUUUCAAUUUAUAUCCAAGAACCCCCCCAAUUCUCUAAUGAAUCAAUGGACAAAUUGGUUGUUAAAGAGUCAUUAUCAAUAUGAUUUAUCUCAGAGAAGAUGGUCUAGAUUAGUGCCACAAAAAUGGAGAAAUAGAAUCCAUAAACGUCAUGUCAUUCAAAAUAAAGAUUUAAAAAAAUGUGAUUCAUAUGAAAAAACCAGAUCAAUUCCUUACAAAAACCAACAAUUAGGCUCAUUAAAAAAAAACACACAAUAUGAAUAUGAUCUUUUUUCAUAUCAAUCCAUUAAAGAUAAGAAAGACUCAUAUAUUUCUAGAUAUGAAUCAUCAUUCCAAGCAAAUAAAAAAGAAUUUCUUUCUUAUAAUUACAAAACAUGUAAACAAAAAGGAUUUGAUCCAACGAGCGAUAUCUCUAUAAAGAGAUAUAUAGCAAAAGAUUACAUUAUAGAUAUGGAAGAAAAUCUGCAUAGAAAACAUUUAGAUUGGAUGCUAAUAAAUAAAGAAAUAUUAAAUCAUUCCAUACCGAAUGAAGAUUUUAUUAAGGCAUAUACGAAUAACCCGUGGAUCAUACCAAUCGAAUUCCUUUUUUUCAAUUUAGAUAUAAAAAAAGAUGUUAGUGAAAAUAAAAAAUUUACUGGAAGAAAAAAAAAUAGUUUUUCGAUCAUAAAAAAAAAAAAAUUGGAAUUCGAGUUAGAGACUCGAAAUCAAGCAAAAGCGGAAGACACGAGUGGGGUGGAUUUGGAAUCAUCUCUUUCAACCCAAGAAAAAGUUAUUGAAAAAAAUUGA